AUGUCUACAGCACGCAUCGCCGAAGCUAACCAGCCAUUUCCUCCGCACGCCUUCUCAACCAACCCAUUGAAAGCUAGAGAUGACAUAGCUGCUGCAUGCGCAUCUCUCCUCGAUCCACUGGAGCCAGGCUUCUCCAAAAAUCGUGCACUGGUUCGGGUAGGCGGCAGCGGGACCAGGUUCGAUGAGACGGCAGCGCAAAUCGAAGGCUUCGCAAGACCAUUAUGGGGCCUUGCGCCACUGCUCGCUGGAGGCUUCGACUAUGGAAAAACACACUUGUGGACCGAGGGUCUGGCUGCUGGUACAGAUCCCAGCGGUUCGGAGUUCUGGGGCAAUAUGCAGGACCUCGAUCAACGCAUGGUAGAGGCAUGUCCACUUGGCUUCACACUCGCCGUCGCGGGUCAGAAAUUCUGGGAUCCAUUGACUAUGCAGCAGAAGCAGAAUCUUUCCAGCUGGAUUGGCUCGAUGAAUGAUAAGGAGAUGCCAAACACGAAUUGGCUCUGGUUUCGUGUCUUCGCAAAUUUGGGGCUACGAGCGAAUGGAGCUCCAUAUUCUCAUGAGAGGAUCGAAGCUGAUGUGGCCCAUCUCGAGACAUUCCAUCGAGGCGAAGGCUGGUCUAAUGACGGGCCUGAGGGCUACACCCAAAUGGAUUAUUACAGCGGCUCAUUCGCUAUUCAGUAUCUGCAACUACUCUACUCAAAGCUCGCCGCAGACUUUGAUCCACAGCGUGCUCAAAGGUUUAGGCACCGGGCGAAGCAAUUUGCUCUGGAUUUCAUUCACUACCAAGACCCAGAUGGCCAUUCGAUACCAUUCGGCCGAAGCUUGACGUAUCGCUUCGCGACCAUUGCGUUCUGGUCGGCAUUUGCGUACGCGGAUGUAGACCCACCUGCACCAUUGACAUGGGGAGUUAUCAAAGGCCUUGUUCUUCGAAACCUUCGUUGGUGGAGUCACAAGCCUCAUAUCUUUCAGCCCAAUGGCAUGCUCAAUAUUGGGUAUACAUAUCCAAAUUACUAUUUGGCCGAAAACUACAAUUCUCCAGGCUCGCCAUACUGGUGUAUGCUGGCCUUUGCAGCACUUGCGCAGCCCGAAUCACACCCCUUCUGGUCGAGCGCAGAAGAGGCUCAUCCUUUCACACACUCACCCAGUCCGCUGCCAGCUAUCAAAGCAUUGGAGAUCCCAAAACAUAUUCUGGUACAUCAAGGCGGACACACCUUUCUCCUCAGUAGCGGCCAGAAGUGUCACUACCCUCUCAAAGCAACGCAGGCUAAAUACGGUCACUUUGCAUACAGUGCCAGCUUUGGCUACUCCGUCCCGACUGGAGGUUACACGUUGGAACAGUUUGUUCCCGAAAGUGCUUUAGCGUUGAGUGACGAUGAUGGAGAGACAUGGAAGCUGAGACGUGAGGUGGAAGAUGCUGUGAUUCUCGAGAAAGAAGGCCAGCCCGGACUAUUAUUCUCCACGAUGCAUCCGUGGAAGGACGUCGAGGUCAAAACUUGGCUCAUGCCGCCCACCGAUCAAGCCCCGAAUUGGCACAUUCGCAUCCAUCGGAUCGUGACAAGCCGGGCUUUGCGGAGUGCCGAAGGUGGAUUUGCGAUCGCUGGAACACGAGAGCUCGAUGGCAGAAUCCUCACGGAACAGACUCUGGAGUCUCCAAAUGAAGGCACGGCCGCAUUUGGCAAGACUGCUUUAAUUCUGUCCCGUGCCGGAGCUUCUGGAGUCGUUGAGCUACUAUGGAAUGACGGUCGGACAGGUGGCAUUUGUCACGUUGAUGCAAACAGCAAUCUCAUUGAGCCCAGGACGCUCUUGCCGGUACUUUAUGCCGACCUUGAAGCUGGACCGACGCCAAUGUGGUUUGCUACCGCAGUCUUUGCGAUGCCGUCGACGGUUUCGGAUUGGCAAGAUAAGUGGAAGACGGGAUGGCAGGCAAUCCCAGAAGUACCGCAGUGGGUUUUUGACAUGAUGAAAACUGACGAUGUCAAAUAA